UGAGUGUAAUUUAGUAACACCAAUAUAUUUUCAACAGAAAGAUUGUGAAGAAAAAAACAGAGCAAAUCAAAGAAGGCGAAAAUGGAAGACUUAUGGAACCGAGCAAAGCUAUUCGCAGAAGAAGCGGCCAAAAAAUCCCAAACCCUAAACCUAACUUCAUCCUCCAACAAAAUCGCCGAUCUAGUCGCCGAAACCGCCAAGAAAUCCAAAGAACUUGCAUUCGAAGCUUCCAAAAAAGCCGAUCAGUUCAAAACCGCCGCUCUCAAACAAGCCGAUCAGAUCCAAAUCAAGUCCAUUUCCGAUAUUAUCCCUCCUCAACUCUCCUCCAUUGUCUCUAUUCCUUCCACGUCAUCGUUGUCGUCUCCUUCUUCUUCAGAUCCCGAUGAGCUUCUCCGAUUUGGAGUCACCGAUGAUUUGAGAGAUUUUGUUAAGGGACUUACUUCUGUUACUUUUCAGAAUUUUCCUAUUCAAGAUGAAGCGGAGGUGUCUGAUGCGGCAAAUACGGCGUCUAAUGUACGGAAGGAUCUUAAUGAGUGGCAAGAGAGGCAUGCGACUCUCGUUCUCACUAAUGUCAAGCAAAUCUCUAAGUUGAGGUAUGAAUUAUGCCCUCGUAUGAUGAAAGAAAGGAGAUUCUGGAAGAUUUAUUUUACACUUGUGAGCACUCAUGUUGCGUCGUAUGAGAAACAAUAUAUGGAGGAGGUUAAGCGCAAAGAAGAAGAGCAGAUAAAAGAGGAAAAAUCCAAUCUAAGUGUAGUAUCUGAAGAAAAUUCUGGUUCUGAGGUGAAAGAUAAGAACCUGAAAAGCAGGCUAUCAACUGCAUCAUCGGCUGAGCAGGACCUCGACACUUUUCUUUUGGGAGAUCUUGAAGACAGCGAUGGUGGUCCAGAUGGCGGUGAUGAUGAUGGAAGCUUCGAUGAUGAUUUUGACAAGAUUGAUAAUUCUGAUAUUGAAGAGGAGAAGCACGUGAAGAAAGCAACUGAAACUGCCGGUUAGAUUUAAAGAUAUUAUUGGAAUAAAUAUAAUGAUCUAACAUUUGUAAAGAAUGGAAAGUUUAUCAUGGUGGUUGUGGGAGAAAUAUAUGCAAGACGAAUGUCAUCCCGGGUGUGGGUACAGAGGCAUACCUAUUGCAGUUAGUAACAGAUUGUGUUCUUUCGUUAAUUUGAUUAUUUGGACAGUGGUAGUUAUAUAUUGCCCUGCUUAGAAAGUAAGGGAAGGUAAAAACGUGUUCGUUUUGUAUAGAGAUUUCUUGAUUAAGUUAAUUCGAUAUUUUUAGUUAUAAUUGUA